GAAAAAAGGGAGAAAGGAGAGAGAGAAAGGGGGGAGAGAAAGGAGGGAGAGAAAGGAGGGAGAGAAAGGAAGGUGGAGAAAAAGGGAGAGAAAGGAGGGAGAGAAAGCAGGGAGAGAAGGCAAGGAGAGCAAGGAGAGAGAGAGAAAGGGAUGUUAGGGAGAGUAACAAAAGAAAAGGGCGGGGAUCGGAGAAAGAGAGAGGGGAAUAAGCUAGCCAGCACAGUGGAAAAAAGGCUGGAAAAGAGGACAAGAACGCAGGAGUGAGACAGACAGAGGCUGUGCCAAGCCUCCCACCUGAGUGUGCACGGCACGGCUGUGUUUUGUGUUUGGGAUUUCAGGGAAAAGGAGGAGGAGAAGGAGGGGAGGAGGAUGGAGCGUGGGGUGGGCCAGAGAAAGGAAGAGUCUGCUGGCAGCAUUGGUUUCACACACCAGUGAUGAAGUGAAGCCCCUCGCAGGAAUUCUUUCUGCUGCUGCGUUCGUUUUUUUCUCUGCCCCUUGCUUUUCCUUCUUACUCACAUCUGGAGCGGGGAGUCACUUCCUCUGUCUGUGCUGCCCCGCGUUGUGUUGUGCUUUAACAGGGCUAGUCCUCUCAUCCUCUAGCCCCCCUUCACCUCCUCUUCUGACGACACUCUAGGGAGAUACGGAACACACCACGCCAGGGGGGCGGGACGCUCCCAGCACACUCUCUGCACGGGACCGACCAGGGACCCUUGACACCCCCCACCAACACCCCGGACCCACUCUCUGUAAUCUACGUCUGACAACAGAGAGGAAGAGAGAGACUGUGGAAUCUGGAGAGAACUGCAACCAUCAGCUGAACUUUCUGCAGGGUGUUUGCCCUUUCCCUUAUAUGGCAAAACAACUGGAAAAUCAUUUGAAUUGUCUGAUAUCUAUCCACCACAGCAGGCUGUGCAGCAGGGUUUGUUUGUAUGGCUGACUGACUUCUCUUGGUUCUUCUUUCCUGUGUUGUUUGCAUGCAGGGCUUUUAUUGAGGGGAAGAGCAGCAUUGUAGGUCUUUGGGGUGAGACUGCAGGCACUACCCCCAGGGGUGGUUGGCUAUAUGCAUCAUUGCUCCCCCCUCUCUUUCUCUCUCUUUCUCUCUAUCUCUGUCUGUCUGCCUGAGAGGAACAUCCAGCUGUCUGUCUACCUGAGAGGAACAUCCGGCUGGCAGCAACCUGCACACAGACACUGAGACAGUUGUUCUCUGUGGGGGACCUAACAGCAAGGUGGGCCAGAGUUCAGCAACUGUAGUUCUGGAAUCUAGACACAGAGAAAUCUGUAGGAGGGAUAUUGACUCUGACUCUACAACGACAACAAUCCUCAAAUGCAACAGGAUGUGUAACCCAGUAGGACCCUGGAAGGCGUGCCUGUCUUAAAUGAGGAGGACUAUUGUUGUUGUCCUGUGUCGACCUUACUAAUGAGGACGAGGAUGUUGGAGAAGCCGUGAACACUCAAAAGGACUGAACAACAAGAGCUGGAGGGUCUCGUGGUGCCAUGACACAGGUGUGGAACAGAAUGUGUGUGUGUCAUCUCUGACCGUACACCUUGUUGUGGAUUACCCCGUUGGACGGACACACACUCCACUGACUGACAGGUGGACAACAACAGCGUCGGUUGUCAUGGCGGUGGCGUGGUACCACCGCGACAUCAGCCGCGUGCAUGCGGAGGACUUGCUGGCCCGGGCAGGGAGGGACGGCAGCUUCCUGGUCAGGGACAGUGAGUCUGUGCCUGGAGCCUACGCCCUCUGUCUGCUGUACCAACGGCACGUUCACACUUAUCGUAUUCUUCCUGAUGCAGACGGCCUGUUGGCUGUACAGACGUCUCAAGGGGUGCAGGUGAACUGUUUCCGUACACUGGGGGACCUGGUGUUGGGGUACCAGCACCCUCAUAAGGGUCUGGUCAUCCCCCUGCUGUACCCUGUGGGGAGGGACACAGAUACUGGUGAGGAGAGCUCAGGUGAUGAUGAGAAGCCAGGGCUGGUGUGGAGUCCCAACCCAGCCCCAGUCUCAGUCAGUACAUCUCCUCCAGAAGGACCCCCAGUCACCCCAGUCACCCCUUCCCCCCAUCUCCUCUUCCUCCACAGGCUGCAGGAGCUCAACACACCCAGCAUGGCAGGUGAGGUGGUUGGGCUGCUCAGUGAGUAUCUGUGCAGUGAGCUGCCUCUGGAUGUGGAGGGUCUGCGUAGAGGAGCAAAAGGCCUACUCCAUCUACACCACACCCUGGGCACAGCAUGCCAGGGACUCAACAGUGAGAUUGAUCUGACCAUGUCCAGUUUGGAGACGCUGGCCAAAGUGUUUGACCAUCCCACCUGCCCUUUAACCUCCACCAAGUCACAGAAUAUGGGUAGAGGUCCAGACAUGGAGUUGGACAGUCUGCUGUGUAAAAUCUCUGCCCUGGUCAGCCUGCUGUCCUCCCUGGAGAAGAGGGUGCUGAAAGCUCUUCAAGAUGCUGUGACCAAUCACAACCUGGCUGUGCAGCCUGCCCCUCUCCGUGAACCCGCCCCUGUCUCAGCUCCAGUCCCUGCUCCUGCCCCAGAUCCAGUCCCAGUCUCUGCUCCAGCACCAGUCCCUGCUCCAUCUCCUGCUCCUGCCCGUGCUCCAGCUCCAGCCCCUUCUCCAGCCCCAGUCCCUGCUCCAUCUCCUGCUCCUGCUCCUGCCCAUGCUCCAGCUCCAGCCCCUUCUCCAGCCCCAGUCCCUGCUCCAGCACUAGUCCCUGUAGCCAAGAACAAUGCCAGGCCCAUACCUGUCCAUUCCUUUCAGAUUAAGAUGGUGCGUUACGGCAGACAGACCGUGUCAGUGGACUUGGACACAGGAGUGCUGCUGUUUGACAGGAAGGCCGGGUCAUUCGGAGCGGAGACAGUCUCACACGACCGGAUUCUGCAGCUAGUCAAGUUCCAGAGCAGUCCAGCCAAGCUGCGCAUGGUAGUGGACAGUCAUCACAACACCCCACGAGAGCUCAUGUUUGAGAGUGCAAGGAAGCGGGAGGCGUUCUGCCAGCUGCUGCAGCUGAUGAAGACCAGACACUCCCAUCUGAGUGAACCUGAUGUCAUCUCUGUGUUUGUGGGCAGCUGGAAUAUGGGUGGCUCCCCUCCCCCUCGCAGUCUGCAGUCCUGGGUGACAUGCUGUGGUCUGGGGCGAACCCCAGAUGAGUCCACAGCUCUGCUGCCUCACGACAUCUACGCCCUGGGUACCCAGGAGAACUCUCAGGGGGAGAAGGAGUGGACCGAGCACGUCAAGGCUACCCUACACAGCUACACUCAUAUAGAGUACAAACAGGUGGCAGUACAGUCACUGUGGAACAUGAGGCUGGCAGUGUUCGUGAAGCCGGAGCACGAGAGUCGCAUCAGCCAUGUAAACACAGCCAGUGUGAAGACUGGCCUGGGGAACACACUGGGAAAUAAAGGUGCUGUUGGGGUUUCCUUACUCUUCAACAGUACUUCUUUUGGAUUUGUUAACUGCCAUCUGAGCUCUGGCAGUGAGAAAGUAGUCAGGAGGAACCAGAACUGUGCGGACAUCCUCAGACUGUUGUCCCUGGGUGACCGGCAACUCAGUGCCUUUGACGUCAGCCUGCGCUUCACACAUCUCUUCUGGUGUGGAGACCUCAACUACAGACUAGAUCUGGACGUACAGGACAUUCUCAAACAUGUUUCCAAGCGGGAGUUUGAUGAGCUCAUGUGUGCUGACCAGCUGACGCGAGAACGACACAAGAGGAAGGCCUUCCUCAAUUUCAAGGAAGAGAAGAUUGCGUUUCCGCCCACCUAUCGGUACGAGAGGGGGUCCAGGGACAGUUACCUGUGGCAGAAGUACAAGACCUCUGGCGUUCGUGUCAAUGUGCCAUCAUGGUGUGACCGGAUUCUGUGGAAGUCUUACUCAGAGACACAUAUCACCUGCAACUCCUAUGGUUGUACAGAUGACAUCUUCACCAGCGACCACUCGCCUGUUUUUGCCACAUUCCAUGUAGGGGUGACGUCACAGUUCAUUUCCAAAACAGACCCAAACUCGAGCAUGGAGAGGGCCUGGAUGGAGAUGGAAGGUGUUGAGGCCAUUGUGAAGACAGCCAGCAAAGCCAAGUUCUUCAUUGAGUUUCACUCAUCCUGCCUUGAAGAGGUCCGCCGUUCCGUAGAGAAUGACUCGCAGAGCUGUGACGUGCCUGGCUUCCUCAAACUGGGCUGGUCCCCCAAGCAGCUGCCCAAGCUUCUCCCGAUCGUCUCAGACAUGGAGUACCUUCAGGAUCAGCACCUCCUGCUGUCUGUCAAGUCAUGUGACGGGUUUGAGUCAUACGGUGAGUGCUGUGUGGCACUGCGCUCCCUUAUCGGUGCGGCAGAGCAGUUUGAGACGUUUCUGACCCACCGGGGUGAGGAGAUUGGCUCCAUACGUGGGCGGGUCAGGGUCCAUGUGCCCAAGGACCGGCGAGGAACACGGGAGAAGAUCUACGAAUGGUUCUGCUUUGAGAAGGAUGAGAAGGGUCUGGUGAGGGGAUGCUUGUCUCCUCCGUCCACUCGGGCACCUAUCAGCCGAUCGUCACCGCCUCCACCCAAGCCGGCCCCUAGCAGUUACACAAACCCUGCCUACUUCAUAUUUGAAGGUGUGUCUGUCCUGGGAAGAGUAGAGGAGUCUCCACCCCCUCGCAGGGACCCUCAGGUGGUCUGGGCCGGCGACUCCGCGCUGCAGUUACCCAAACUCUUCGGGGGGCGUGGCUGUGACAGGAAGUCCCCUCGCAGGUCUGACUUCACUGAAAUCGAGAUUCCAGGGAUCCUGCCCCACUAUCCUUCCACCAAUGACCAUCAUCCACCCCAGACUAACUCCUCCUAUCAGCUCUUCCCAGCAAAGGACCCAUCGCCAAUCCCCCCUGCCCCAAGCCCCACCUCUCACUAUCAUGAACAACCCAUACAACCACGACCAAGCAAAAACAAUGUUGUCCAGGACUCCAUCCUGCCUGCCAAGAACCUGAGGAACAUGUACAUGAACCACUCCGCCAUCAUCAGAGAGAACCCCAGGAGAGAACAGCCUAGGGUGCACCAACAGGAACAAGCCAUCCCUGUACGGAGCAGCAAACUCCCAGCCUUCUACCCAUAUGUGUCCACCUGUGUACCCCACACCCAGGCACCGUGGGUGGUGGAGCAGCCAGUUGGGCCCCUUGGGGACCACUCCCUCACAGCCCUGCAGAUAGCCAAGUCACUCAGCGAGGUAGACUUCUUCCCAUUGGACCUUGAGGCUCCAUCUAGCCCAUGCCAGAGACCGGCCCAGAGGAAUGACCUGGCCAUAGCUGCAGAAAGAGGAUACUGCUGGGAGAAAGAGGUCCUCUAUGGAGCUCCAGAGACAGUGCGAGAACUACUCAGCACCCUGGGUCUACAGAAGUACACUCUGGGACUCAGCCUCAACGGCUGGGACGACCUGGACUACUUCAGUGGCAUCACAGAGGAGGACCUGCGUGCAGCCGGAGUGUCGAACCCGUCGCAUCGCCGGAGGAUCCUGGAGAACCUACCCAGGAUCUGGGAUUCACUAUAGACCUACUCACUUUGUUUGAGUUCUCAAACUGAACCCAAUGGACGUCGGUGACAGAUGCCUGCCCUAAUGGACAACUCGUCAUCUCUUCCACUCACGUCCUUCUAUAUACAGUAACAAAAAAAAUCUAGUAAGCGCACACACACGCAGACAUGGUGCCUGUCCCAUGAAAUCCUCAUCUCAUAUCUGUUUCCAUUCACGUGUCCACCUUAAAAUGGUCAAACAUUUUUUUAUAUCCAAUUUUAGAUCCACAUAGCUAAAUAUUGAUUUUAUGUCUCCCCAGCAGUCACCAGACGAGUGUUUACUGAGCAUUCACACGCAUCACCUCCUCCCCUGCCCUUUCCACUGCUCUGCCGUUUAUAAAGAACAGCACAGAGCUUGUAAAAACACUCACUAAGGGCCAUGGAGGAUGAAAUGUACAGCUGUACAUAUUUACCAGUACACAUUUUAACAUGGCCUGGAAAGUUAAUGAUAAGGCCUCGCUUUCUGUUUACUGUCCGAUGGUAUUAUUAUCUUGUCACUGUGGUGUAGCUGUUAGUUAUAAGAGGGGAAUCCGGUGGGAGGAAAAUGCGAACCCUGGGCUCGUUUAUUUACAUUCUUACUAUGACAUUGUACAUGUUUCUCUAUUCUCUCCCUUAUCCCAUAAUUCUCGUGAGCUCACAAGAUAAUAAAGUGGCACCCACCCAUUUAAGAUGAACAUUACAGUCACUUAAUCAAUGCUUCUGUGAACUUAGCGUUUUUUUUUUUACUGCCUUUUUUAAAAACGUUAUUGUAUAAAAACUAACUGUUGACAUAUGUGGGUUCUUAGACACUGCUACUGUGGGAGGAGUGAGGGCGUAAACCUUGUGCUUGCCGCCUGUGGUUCUUUGCCGGUGGCGCUACUUUGGUCAUCAUCUGAGUUUUAGAUAUACAUUUAACUGUGGAUCAUAGAAGUUAUACUACUUUUAUUUGCUGAAGGUUGUUGAAUUAAGGUAAUGAAGUGUUACAUGCAGGUGAUGUUACAUUUGUUCAACCAAAUGGGACACCACGUGAAUAAAACAAUGUUGUGUCAACAUUAUGAAAUAAACUCUAUAUAUUUAUGAGGA